UAGAAGUUAAAGGGCAGAAAAUACCAAAAAGGGAAAGGAAAAAGAGAGAGGAAAUAAUCAUAAUAAUUUUAUCAACUUCCACGGUUCCACUAUCAUCAUCAUCAUAAUUUCAUCCGCCAUGGCUUUCACCAAUGCUUUUCUCGCUCCUUCCUUAACCGUUCAUGGUUGUAGAGUUUCCGAUCCGCUCUCCAUUUAUCUACCAUCUCUUUCCUCCAACUCUUUCUUCCACUUCCGAUCCUCCUCCUCCUCCGCAUCAAACAAGAAUAUUAUAUAUGCUUCUGCUUAUGACUUCAAUGCAGUCGAUUCAGAUUCAUUGAAAUCCAGUAAAAAUCUUGAUAGUGUUCCGAUGCCAAUAGUUCUAAUAGAUCAAGAUUCAGAUUCUGAAGCAACAAUUGUGCAGCUUAGCUUUGGUGAUCGCCUUGGAGCUCUUCUUGACACGAUGAAAGCAUUAAAAGAUUUGGGAUUGGAUGUUUCAAAGGGAACUGUCUCCACGGAGGGACUGGUGAAGCAAACAAAAUUUUUUAUUACACAAUCAGACACUGGGCGAAAAGUCGAAGAUCCUGAUAUGUUAGAGAGAAUUCGACUUACCAUUAUUAACAAUCUGUUGCAGUAUCACCCUGAGUCCAGUGAACAAUUAGCCAUGGGUGAAGUGUUUGGCAUUAAGGCUCCAGAAAAGAAGCUUGGUAAUGAAAUUCCAACCCAUAUUCAAGUUAAGGAAGAUGGGCCCAAGAGGAGCUUGCUGUACAUCGAGACAGCAGAUAGGCCAGGAUUGCUAGUUGAAAUCAUCAAAGUCAUUGCAGAUGUGAACAUUGAUGUUGAGUCGGCUGAGAUUGAUACAGAAGGUUUGAUUGCUAAGGAUACAUUUCAUGUCAGUUAUGGUGGGGCUGCAUUAAACAGAUCAAUGUCUCAGGUUUUGGUGAACUGUCUGCGUUACUACCUCCGGAUGCCAGAAACAGAUAUUGAUAGUUACUGAGGAUACCACCUUUACUUGUAUGAUAAGCAAAUCAAAUCAAAUCAAAUUCAAAUGUAAGGGUUCUUGUACCAGAGUGUCAGUGAGCUCAAUAUUAUUAUCACCUGUGAGGCAUACAUCUCACUUUAAAAUCUGGCAGCUUUACUGCUACCAUAUUAUGGAAUGAACACUUGUUGGAAUGAAUGUAUCCGUCUGUGUUUGAAUUGUGGUGGAGAAUCUUAAAAUUGAUUUUUAUCUUGAUUAAA